AUGUCCGACGCUACGGCCGCGAGCUACAAGAAGCUCAAGGAAGACUUUGUCUCCAAUCUCUCUGGUGGCUCCGCCUCCGAAGUCAACUACGUGACUGCAGUUGCUCCCGUCGCCGUCCUGCUGUGGUCUGUACUCCAAUCACGCCAAUCCUUCUUCAAACCCUACACGCUAUUGGGAGCUGCCGCCGAUUUUCUCCUCAACGUCACCGCCAUCCUCCUCUCCACGACUCUCUACGCCUCCUCCCCCUUGCUACUUUGCGCCCUCCUCCUCGGUCCCGCCGUAUUCAUCUACACUCUGCCUCCCAACUUCGGCGCCAGUCGCAAGAAGCCCGCCAUACCACCCAAUGCGAAGCCCAAGGCCGGCUCCGGCGCGGGGCCGCUCUCCGCACUGCCCGUGAAGCCUUUCCUGACACACUACCGGGGUAGCAUGCUGGUCAUCACUUGCAUCGCCAUCCUCGCCGUCGACUUCCGCCUCUUUCCGCGCCGCUUCGCCAAGGUCGAGACAUGGGGAACAUCACUGAUGGACAUGGGCGUCGGGUCCUUCGUCUUCAGCGCCGGUGUUGUCGCUGCUCGGCCCGUCUUGAAAGAGCGCGCCGAAGGUCGAUCGAUACCCCUGACGACACGUCUGCUGCAGUCGAUGCGCCACUCCUUACCGCUACUCGUCCUGGGCGUCAUCCGCUUGCUCAGCGUCAAGGGUCUCGACUACGCCGAACAUGUCACCGAGUAUGGCGUUCACUGGAACUUCUUCUUCACCCUGGGUUUCCUGCCGCCGUUUGUUGCCCUCUUCCAGUCCGCGCUCAAGGUUGUGCCUAGUUACGCCGCUCUGGCAAUCAUCCUGAGUGUGCUGUAUCAGGUGGCUCUGGAGAGCACCGACCUCAAGGCUUACAUCCUGACCGCACCGAGAACCGACCUAUUCUCAAAGAACCGAGAGGGGAUCUUCAGCUUCUUCGGCUACCUGGCUAUCUUCCUUGCGGGACAAGAUACGGGAAUGUACGUCUUGCCUCGGAGUCUCAACACCAAAAGCGAUUCCACCCCCGCUACUCAGCGCAAGACUCUUCUCAUGAUGAUGGCCAUUUGGUCUGCUCUGUGGACAGGGCUUUACUUUUUGACCACCAGCAACAGCUACGGCGACGGUCUGAACGUUUCACGUCGCCUCGCGAACCUGCCCUAUGUCCUAUGGACAGCGGCGUUCAACUCGACACAACUUCUAGCCUAUGCCCUAGUGGACACUUUCUGCUUCCCGUCUUUCUACAAUGCGACUGACGCGAAGACCGAGAAGGAGGCGUACCAUACAGCGACCAGUAGGGUAUUCCGGGCCUACAAUCGCAACGGCCUAUUCUUGUUCCUCAUCGCAAACGUCUUGACGGGACUGGUCAACAUGACGGUGCCGACACUGAAUGUUGGACCCAUGGCAACGAUGGGCAUCUUGGUUGCGUACAGUGGAGCAAUCACGGCUAUUGCUCUCGGACUGGACGAAUUCAAUAUCUCCAUCAAACUAUAG